AUGCCACCUCCCGUUUCUGCUGAACGUGGCGAAACCUCUCUUCCUGACCAAAUCACCAACUCUGAGGAUUUAACACCUCUCCCUGAAAACGAAACUCCUGUACUUCAAAUAGAUCCGGAUCUAGUAGAUCUCCCAGCUCCAGCUCAUAACCCUCCUUCUCAUGAGGUCGAACAUGAAAUCGACGAACAUGAACCUCCGACACUUGCAAGUAUCAAACCGGACGCUCCUAUGGGUAUAACGGAGAGUAUAGCGAGUGCACCUAAUCCUCGUCAUACGGAUUUCACACCACCUGAUUUUGAUAAGGUUGAAGAAGAAGAGGAAGGGGGUAUACCUGGAAGUCCGACCACAAAAGCUAUAAGAGCUGUUGCUCCUCCGAAUGCAAUGAUGCCAGAUCCUAAAUGGCCUCCUCCCCCACCGAAUGCAAGUGUUAAUUUGUUCAUUGGACGAGCAUUGUUAUCCCACGGUAAUGAUAAUUGGCCAUUGCACUAUCCCUCCGAAUGGGACGGUGACGAAGGUCGCUGUUCCGCUCAUCGCGUCCGAACUUAUCUCGCUCGUAAAGGUGCCGACAUGUAUUACGAAAAACUGAAUCAAGGUUGUAUAGCCGGUUGGCGUAUUCGUCAAAAUCAUCUUUGGAGAUUCGAAAAUGGUGGUUUUCAAGGUCGUGGAAUGAAACAAGAAGAAGCUAUAGCUCAAGCACAAAAAGAAUCAGAAGCAGUAGCAACUGCAGCUCAUAAACUUGCCGCUGCAGAAGCUUUAGCUCAAGGUCAUCCAGGUAUAAAAGUUUCAAUGUCAACAGCUGGUAUUUCCGAUGGUGGACCAACAAACAAACGUCAACGUGUUAAAGGUCCCUCACAAUCACGUCGUAAUCGUAAAAAAGAAGAUUUAUCAUCCGGUUUAGGUGAUCAAAGUUUUUACCAAGCUACUGCCAAUUUCGAUUUAUCUUCCGCAAAUGGUACGACUGGUGAAGGAAGUGGUGAACAAACCGAUACAAGUGGAUUACCUAUUGAUCCAAUGUUAAUACCUGAUCAACAAGAAGAUGGAAUGGAUAUCAAUAUGGUUCAUCAAGCUAUGCAAGCUGCUGCAGCUGCUAAUGCGGGUCAAAUUGAUGAGUUGGAAAUUGGUAUGCCAUUACCUAUUGAGAUGCAAAUGCAUGGAGAGGGUGAUGAAGGUGAUGAAAGGUAUAGAGGGGAUGAACAAUUUUAUGGGAAUUCAAGUCAAACGGGUCAUUCGUAUGGUUCUGGGAAUUAUGGAUACGAAGGAGGACAGGUUUAUGGGUAUCAACAACGGUGA